AUGGCCUCUUCGCUCCCACCCUUCCUUCAUCCAUUUACCAGUAACAUGUUUUCCCAACUCCUUUCCUUGGGAAACAUGAUCGAUGAAGAGGGUAUGGAUAUGGCCCGUACCGAUAUCUUGGAGGGUCUGCAUUGGAUGAAUGAGGUUUCAUUGUGGAACAAAGAUAGGAAUGUCGCCUUUACUAUGCAGUGGAUUGAGUUUGAGAGGGCUUUCAAGCUUUUAGAAGAUCUUAGGGCAAACUAUCAAGCUUUGGAGAGGGAAAAGCAGGGCUUGUCUUGGAGAAGGAUGAUCUUGCUGUUAAAAAAUGGUCGUUUGCUUCGAGAGUUGGAUCAUUAUUCCCAACACCAUGAAGAGCUUCUAAGGAUGAUUGCCGAGUUGAAGAAUGUAACCAGUAAAAAGAGUGCCCAUCAUGUUGCCUUGGCCACAAAAUAG